UGAAUACAUGAUCACAAGGUUGUGUGGAUGUGAAUCAAGUUCUAAGCAACACCAACUGAAUAAUAGAAGAGGUUUGGCAUGACCUUGCCUAACAGCUAUACACAAGAUUUUCAAGAUCUAGAUUCCAUUUUCAAGCAGUGGUUGGGUUGGAAAAUCUUACAUAAUGUGGGUCUUUUACUCCUGAAUCAUUAAUAGUUCUUCAUAAAGACCUCCAAAACACUCCAUGUGAAGGUUCAUGAGUCUUUGUCCUUCACUAGACCCCAUGAAACAGUUCAUAACCAUUCAGUUCCACACAAGCUGAAGCAAUUUUAUGAUCUAUAUAUACCAAUACUCAUCUUAGCAUUCUAAAACCCAAAACAUAAAGCAUCAAACUUGAAACGCUUGUUUCGCAUACAAGUUACUUGAGAUCAUUCUUAACAAAGAAGAAACAAUGGGAUUUCGCUUACCUGGUAUUAGAAAAGCUACACAAGCAGCUUCAAAGGGUGGAGGAAUUCCAAAGGGGUAUCUUGCAGUGUAUGUAGGAGAAAAGAUGAAGAGGUUUAUAGUUCCAAUAUCAUACUUGAACCAACCAUCAUUUCAAGACUUGCUGAGUAAAGCAGAAGAAGAAUUUGGUUAUGUUCAUCCAAUGGGUGGCCUCACAAUUCCUUGCACAGAAGAUUUGUUCUGCAGCAUCAUAUCAAUUCUGGCUUGAAUGCUGCAUUCUUCAAAAAAAGAAAAAGCUGACAUAACAUAGAUUAGCUCAAAGCAAACAAUUACAAUUGUACAUUGU